AUGGACAUUACAACCACAUUUUCGCCUGAUUCAUUUGAGGCAAAAUGCCUUGGCGGACUCAGCUGGGCUUGGUAUGGUUUGGGAGAAUGCAUUCGUAGCACUCGUGACAAGGUUUCUAUUGCCUUCGGCAUACUGAGUAUUGCCGCCUGGUUUGCGUUUGGAUUUCCUCAAAUGGUAACCAACUGCGUCAAAAAAAUUCCGGAUGAGGCUGUUUCACCUUGGCUUCUACUUUUCUGGCUCCUCGGCGACAGUCUUAACCUUAUUGGUGCAUUCCUAACAAAUCAGCUUUUCCUCCAAAAAGUCCUCGCCGGCUACACCGUCGUGGUCGAUUUGAUUCUUAUCGCCCAAUAUGUAUACUACUUAUGUCUCCAUAAGCACAAGAUCAAGAUUUCUCCACAAAAAGUCUUUCAUUUCUACAAAAAAAAAACAGAAUACGGCGAAGACUACAACCAUGAAAUGAAUGAUACCAACAGUAUCCAGAGCAGUACCUCAAAAAUGUCCCAUUCAUCAACAGCAACAAAGACCCUAACUACCGCCCUGUUAGGUGUCUUCGGAGUUUCUUAUUUCUACCUACCCGCAAUUCUUAGCGAACAGGGAAAAUCCGCCCAUUUGGACAGGCUGCAUUUGCAGGGGCGUCAGCUGCUUCAGGCUGCAGAUGAUGUCACCACCAUCACCGGGCCAGAUCCUUUUGCCGGCUUUCUCGCAAGUAACGUGGAGAAAAUCGGCUACACCAUUGGCUGGAUUGGUGCCGCUAUGUAUUUCGCUUCCCGGGUGCCCCAAAUUAUGCAAAACUUCAAACGGAAGUCAACGGAGGGCCUCAGUCUUUACCUCUUCCUUCUCGCUAUUUUUGGAAACAUAUUCUACGGCCUUCAGAUCUUCAUCAAAUCAGUCGAACCCGCUGACCUUGUAAGAGCGCUUCCUUGGAUUCUUGGAAGUUUGGGCAUUUUGAUAUUCGAUUUCAUUGUAAGUUAUACAUACCGUCACCAAUUCUAA